UCAAUAUUUUGAUAGGUAACUUGAACAAAAAAGCUGUUGAGUGUUGAGCUGAAAUAAUGUGAUAUAAAUAUUGAUUAAAAUGUGUAGUUAUAAGGAAACAAUAAAUUACCAUAAAUAUUAAAAUACACAUAAUCUAUGAAAAACAUCACAAUGCUAGGACGAAAGCAAAGCCUUAAAGGCGAGCCUGUUUUAGCAGAUUAUGGCCCAGAAGAAUCUCUAAAUGAAAGUGCCGAUAUAGAAUGGGUAAAUAAGCUGUGGGUCAGAAGAAUUUUACGUUUUUGUGCUCUUCUUAGUUUGAUGUCAGUUUCCUUAAAUACACCAAAAUCAUUUGAGAAAUAUUCAUACCUCCAGACCAUCACAUUCGCUGUGGACUGUUGUGUCACCCUGUUGUUCACAGCAGAAAUGAUAGCUAAAAUGCACAUACGAGGAAUACUCAAGUACACAAAAUAUACAAAAGUGCUUAAUUAUAAAAUUGUAAUUGCUUGUCAGGGAGAUGUUGCAUACUUGAAAGAUCACUGGUGCCAAUUUGAUGCUUCCAUGGUAUUUUUUCUUUGGGUAUCAGUUUUACUCCAAAUGUUUGAGCUGACUGGAAUUGUGCCAAGAUACAGUUACUUAAGUAUAUUAAGAGCACCAAGGCCCCUUAUUAUGAUACGAUUUUUGAGAGUCUUUUUGAAAUUCUCCAUGCCAAAAUCUAGAAUAAAUCAAAUAUUCAAGAGAUCAAGCCAACAAAUCUACAAUGUGACAUUAUUUUUUCUCUUCUUCAUGUCAUUGUACAGCUUGCUGGGCGUUCAAUUUUUUGGAGAGCUAACACAUCAUUGUGUUAGAAAUAACACCAAUCCAAAUGAAAUCACUAUCAACUCAUUAGCCAUACCUGAUACAUUCUGUUCACCGGAACCUAAUUCAGGUUACCAAUGCCCACCAGGAAUGAAGUGUAUGAAGCUCAAUUUGUCCAAGUACAUAAUGGGGUUCAAUGGAUUUGAGGAAUUUGCUACAAGUUUAUUCACUGUUUACCAAGCUUCUUCUCAGGAAGGCUGGGUUUUUAUAAUGUACAGAGCUAUUGAUUCAUUGCCUGCUUGGAGAUCUGCGCUUUAUUUUAGUACAAUGAUUUUCUUUCUGGCAUGGCUAGUGAAAAAUGUUUUCAUAGCUGUUAUCACUGAAACAUUCAAUGAAAUAAGAGUGCAAUUCCAACAAAUGUGGGGUGUUAGGAAUCCUAUAACAAAAGGCAGCACUACACAGUUCUUCACUGGUGAUGACAAUGGAUGGAAAUUGGUUACAAUUGAUGAGAACAAACAUUCUGGAAGUGCACCCAAUGCUUUCCAUAAAACGUUGCGCUCAGCAUACUUUCGACUUCUUGUCAUGGGCGUUGUUUUGGCAAAUGGAAUCAUAACUGCCACAAUGAAUUUCAAGCAUGACGAUAAUCCAAGAGAGUUCUUCUACGAAAAAUACUACUAUAUUGAGAUUGCAUUUACUAUCUUUUUUGACUUGGAAGCUUUAAUAAAAAUAUGGUGCCUCGGGUGGAAGGGAUAUUUUAAGCAUUCAGUUCACAAAUUUGAAUUACUACUGGCUAUUGGCACUACGAUACAUAUUAUUCCGCAACUAUACAUGUCCGGCUUUACUUAUUUUCAGGUUUUGCGUGUAGUUCGACUAAUAAAAGCAUCACCCUUGCUCGAAGGAUUCGUCUACAAAAUCUUUGGCCCAGGGAAGAAAUUGGGGAGCCUCAUUAUAUUCACAAUGUGCUUGCUUAUAAUAAGUUCGUCUAUUUCCAUGCAAAUGUUCUGUUUCCUAUGCGAAUUUACGAAGUUUGAAACAUUUCCUGAGGCUUUCAUGUCUAUGUUCCAAAUAUUGACACAAGAAGCAUGGGUGGAGGUGAUGGACGAAACAAUGGUGCGGACAAGCCAAACCUUGACGCCUCUAGUCGCCAUAUACUUCAUACUUUAUCACCUGUUUGUUACUCUGAUUGUGUUGUCGCUAUUCGUCGCCGUUAUCUUGGAUAAUUUAGAACUGGAUGAAGACAUAAAAAAGCUUAAGCAGCUGAGAUACAGACAACAGAGCGCUGAAAUAAAGGAGAGCUUGCCAUUCCGACUGAGAAUAUUCGAAAAGUUUCCUGAUAGCCCACAGAUGACCAAGCUCCAUAAAGUUCCGGGUGAUUUUAAUUUACCAAAGGUGCGCGAGUCGUUCAUGCGGCAGUUCGUGUGCGAGGUGGACGGCGACGAGGAGGUGAGCGCGGCGGGCGUGGCGGGUGCGGGGGCGGGCGCGCGCGCGCCGGCGGGCGACCUCUCGCGGCGCGCCUUCGAGUACAUCGGCGUGGACAAGAUCGCCUUCCCGUACCGCAAGCGCUGCCUCGUCAAGACGCUGACAGUGGCGCCGCCGUCGCAGCGGCCCAGCUCCCAGCUGCGCAGACACGUCGUCGCUUCUAUUAUCAAUGAUUCGAACAACCAUCGUCGGCUAGUCCUCGGAGAUUCAGCCAUGUUGGCAACGGGCGGCAAAUCCGGUUUAAAGUCUCAAGGAACUGUGUCCAGCGCGAAACAGUUGCGAGUCGAUCAGAAAAAAUUCGGUUCGAGAUCCAUUCGUCGAUCGGUUCGCAGUGGGUCGAUCAAGCUGAAGCAAACUUACGAACACCUGCUCGAGAACGGCGACAUCGGCGCCGCGUCGCGCGUCGUGCCCUCGUCGCGCGCGCGUCCUCCCUACCUCGACAUUCGGCUGCUGCAGGCUAAGAGACAACAGGCCGAGAUGAGACGGAAUCAACGGGAAGAAGACUUGCGUGAAAACCAUCCGCUAUUCGACACUCCACUUCUCAUAGUUCCGAGGGAGUCGCGCUUCCGCAAAAUAUGCCGCGCGAUAGUGGACGCCAGAUAUGACGCGCGCUUGAGGGACCCUGUAACGGGAAAUGAGAGAAAAGUGCACUACAAAAGUUUCCACAACUUCCUUGGGCUUGUCACUUACUUAGACUGGGUAAUGAUCAUGGUAACGACGCUGUCUUGUCUAUCGAUGAUGUUUGAAACACCCACAUAUCGAGUUAUGGAAAAUUUUGUACUACAGAUUGCGGAAUAUGGAUUUGUUGUAUUCAUGAGUCUGGAGUUAGCCCUGAAGAUAUUGGCCGAUGGAUUAUUCUUCACGCCAAAAGCGUACCUCAAAGACGCAGCCGCUGUGUUGGAUGUUUUCAUUUAUAUCGUGUCGCUAACGUUCCUUUGCUGGAUGCCGGUGCGCGUGCCGCCCGGAUCAGCGGCGCAGAUGCUGAUGAUCCUGCGCUGCGUGCGCCCGCUGCGCAUCUUCACUCUCGUGCCGCACAUGCGCAAGGUCGUGUACGAGCUCUGCCGCGGCUUCAAGGAGAUACUGCUGGUAUCAACUCUUUUGAUUUUGCUGAUGUUUGUGUUCGCAAGCUACGGCGUUCAGUUAUACGGUGGAAGGCUCGCUCGCUGCAACGACCCCACUAUAACGCGGCGCGAGGACUGCGUAGGCGUCUUCAUGCGGCGCGUGUUCGUCACCAAGAUGAAGCUGCGGCCCGGACCCAACGAGACCUUCCCCUCCAUGCUGGUGCCUAGAGUCUGGGCGAAUCCAAAACGUUUCAACUUCGAUAACAUUGGCGACGCACUUCUGACUCUGUUCGAAGUUCUAUCGUUCAAGGGAUGGCUGGACGUUCGCGAUGUAUUGAUCAAAGCUUUGGGCCCCGUGCACGCUAUAUACAUACACGUAUACAUCUUCCUGGGUUGUAUGAUUGGACUCACGCUGUUCGUUGGCGUGGUCAUUGCCAACUAUUCGGAAAAUAAAGGAACUGCAUUGCUAACUGUUGAUCAGAGGAGAUGGUGUGACUUAAAGAAAAGGUUGAAAAUCGCUCAGCCGCUACACCUCCCUCCUCGCCCCGAUGGCAGAAAAGUGCGUGCAUUCGCUUAUGACGUCACCCAGAACUUAUCCUUCAAACGAGUGAUCGCUAUCGUCGUGCUUAUUAACAGUGGGCUACUGGCUGUUACGUGGUCUCGCCACUCCCCGAAUACGUCGAAGCUGGCGCUGACGUCGGCGCUGCUGACGCUGGUGUUCGUGGUGGAGGUGCUGCUGAAGACGGUCGCGUUCACGCCGCGCGGCUACUGGCAGAGCCGCCGCAACCGGUACGAUCUGCUCGUCACCGUCGCCGGCUGCAUCUGGAUAUUCAUGCACUUCACUCUGCAGAACGAUCUUUCGUACUUUGUGGGAUUUAUGGUGGUGAUCCUGCGGUUCUUCACCAUUACGGGCAAGCACACCACCCUGAAGAUGCUGAUGCUGACAGUGGGUGUGAGCGUCUGCAAGAGCUUCUUCAUCAUAUUCGGCAUGUUCUUGCUGGUCUUCUUCUACGCACUCGCUGGCACUAUAGUGUUUGGAAACGUUAAAUACGGGGAAGGUAUUGGCAGGCGUGCGAACUUCAACUCACCAAUCCACAGCGUGGCGAUGCUGUUCCGUAUAGUGACAGGGGAGGACUGGAACAAGAUCAUGCACGACUGCAUGGUGGCGCCGCCAUACUGCACGCCCGCCGACAACUACUGGGAGACCGACUGCGGCAACUUCACCGCCUCGCUGGCCUACUUCUGCACCUUCUACGUCAUCAUCACUUACAUCGUGCUCAACUUGCUUGUGGCUAUCAUAAUGGAAAACUUUUCGUUGUUCUACUCAAACGAAGAGGAUGCUCUUUUGUCGUACGCCGACAUAAGGAACUUCCAGAACACUUGGAACAUUGUGGACGUGCACCAAAAAGGAGUGAUACCGGUGCGAAAGGUAAAAUUUAUACUACGUCUGUUGAAAGGGCGCCUGGAAUGCGACACGCACAAAGAACGCCUGCUAUUCAAGUACAUGUGCUACGAACUGGAAAGACUACACAACGGCGAAGAUGUGACGUUCCACGAUGUUAUCAACAUGCUGUCGUAUCGCACGGUCGACAUCCGCAAGUCGCUGCAGAUGGAGGAGCUGCUGGCGCGCGAGGAGUUCGAGUUCCUCAUAGAGGAGGAGGUGGCCAAGCAGACCAUUCGCACGUGGCUCGAGGGCUGUCUCAAGAAGAUCCGCGCCAACAGCAGUAAACAACAAACGAGUUUAAUAGCGGGUCUAAGGAAAACAAACGAGCAACCGGUGGAGUUCAACAGCGAGAAGGAAAAGGAGAAGCAAGUAGCUGAGGCACAGCAAGCUACCGCUAAUACGGGACGCACUGAAAUCACGGAGUCUACGUCUCAGCCAAUUAUGUCGAUUGUGACAUCAUCUCUGGACACGCAACCGAAGCGCUCUUCUGGUAAAAGUCAAUUUAAACGAUCUGGACUUCCUUCUGUUACUAUACCCAGACCCGAGAGUCCAGUCAAGAAAUAUUUACAGCCAACAUUGAGUGACCCACAUCCAGCUCUCAAUAAAAAACCAACGACACCAGCGGCGGCUGCGGCGGGCGGCGCGGCGAAGAGCAACAGCCGCACGCACGCGCAGCACAACACGAGCGCGCCGCACGCCGCGCUGCACGACGUGCACUCGUGGUGGGGCGCGCGCCUCGUCGAGACCGUGCACUAGCGGCGACAUGCCGUUCAUAAUGCAAUUAUUCGAUCUUAAAUAUAAAAAAUUGCUGUUCCUUAUCCUGCUUUAAGACAAGACUGCUAGUACAUGUGCGGAAGAACGCAAGCGUGUCCGCGCAUGUACUAGCAGUCUUGUUUUGUUCUGUGACAAAAGGAAUAAAUAAUGUUCAACUCUAAAGUAAGGGUUAAGGGUGACAUAUUUCAUUUUUCACUAAAUAUUAAAUAGCCAUUUAGGCCACGCCCCUGGGUACGCUGGUUUCAAUACAAAGAAUUAACACUAUAAAUCUAGUUACCUCUUAUAUCUGUGGGCUGUACGCACGAAAGUGUCACGUUCCGCCUGAGCCGAGCGUGCAAGCGAUAGUGAGGCAUGAUCGGCCUAAGCGUUCUGCUUGUGACGCAUCUAGUUAAUGUAUUUAAUUUAUUACAGUUAAUUUAUCGUAAAAUGUAAAUUUUAAUUAAAUCCUUUGUAUGUUUUGUUAUACAAAUUAAUGAUAAUUUUGUGUAGUUCAAUUCAUUAAAGUGAAAUAUUUUUAUCAAUGUUAUCACGUAAAAUUGUCGUCCGUAAACCGACUUUACAGACUUUUUUUUCGUUUUCUCCCUUGAAUCACAUGCAUGUUCCAUAAUACUGAUAAGGUUAUUUUUAAAUAUUUCUGUCACAUUGUGCGACGCGGUAACGUAGUUGUUGUAUAUCUUUUUUGUAAGAAUGUUACAUAAAUUAUUGGUAGAGUUGUUGUAUUUUAUUUCCUGUUGUCGUCCUCUAAAUGUAUAAAUCAUCGUUUUAAUUUGAAAAUAAAUGUAGUUAUUGGUAAAAUAACUGUUUUUUAUUUUAAUAAAUAAUCAGAUCGUUUCAAUUAAUAUCUGUCUUAUAGCUAUUAGCGAUUUUAU